UUAUCUGACGUAUUUAAGUAAUGCUCAUUUUAGCCUAAUGUCACGCUACUACUCGGCCAUAAUCUUCAACUUGCUUAAAUUAUUAAAACAAACUCUGGCAUCACUUUUUCAUUAUUUUGUAAACAAAUCCCACCGUGAAUCCCAUGAAUCUGAGCUAACGAUAAAUGAUGAUCAUCAAAAGAUUAACUGGAAAUUUCAUAUCAAAAUCUUUUAGCUUCUUACGAACUUAUCCUAAUCAGUUACUCAGAAAUUUUUGUUCCAGAAGUCAAAAUUCUCCUGAAAUAAGUGCUGGCGUGCUUAUAAUUGGAGAUGAAAUUUUGAAAGGUGAAGCUGAGGAUGAAAACUCGUCAUUUUUUAUAAAAAAUUUAAAUCAAUCCAGGAUUAAAAUAAAUAAAAUUUCCUUAGUGCCUGAUGAUGUAGAUGUCAUUGCGGAAGAAGUGUUAUCCUUGUCUCGCACUUGUACGGUUGUAUUAACCAGUGGAGGCAUUGGACCAACUCACGAUGAUGUUACUUUUGAAGCUGUUGCCAAAGCCUUCGGUGAAAAACUCGUACAAAACGAAGAAUUAAAAGCUAUCUUUAAAGAAUAUUUUGCAUCUAAAGCAAAUCAAAAUACUGCUGUGUUAAAAUUUUCAUCAAUACCUGAAUCUGCGAUACUCAAUUUUAAAACCAACAACGAUGGUCAAAAAUAUAGAUUUCCUUUAAUUUCUGCCAGAAAUGUAUUCAUGUUCCCAGGUGUGCCAAUGUUACUUCAAAGAGGAUUUAAAGUAUUCAAGUCUAAUUUUUCAUUGCAAAAUCAACCGAAUUUCGUUCAGUAUCUGCAUUUAAAUGUUGAUGAAGUUUCAAUUACCCCAAUUCUAAAUCAUGCUGUUGAGACAUUUAAAGGUCUCGUUAAAUUUGGAUCAUAUCCUUCAUUUAUCAACAAUUAUUAUAGAGUUAAGCUAACUAUGGAGGGUGCUGAUGCAAAUGCAGUUAAUGGGGCUAAGGAUUUCAUUACGAAAUCUAUGCCCAAAGAAAGAAUAGUGGAACUUAAAAAUGUUUUUAAAUCCUGCAUUAGUGAUGUAUCUAGCAUUUGCAAAGAUAAUGCUAUUUAUUCGUCAUCUUUUAACAUGGUACACAAAUUAAUGGUGCACCAUUUAUCAGAGAUAUGUAUUUGCUUUAAUGGAAGUAAAGAUAGUAUUGCUUUGUUGCAUCUUUUAUAUACUAGUGUGCAAAAGUUAGAACAGUCUAAUUGUGUUAGAUUACAUGCUUUGUAUGUAAAAAAUGGUGAAACAUUUAAAGAAGUUGAAGAAUUUAUUUCCAGUUCUGCUAAACUUUAUAACUUAAAUUUGACAAUAUUAAAUGGAGAUUUCAAGCCUAUUGUUUUGAAAUUUCUGGAAACGAAUCCACAAAUACGAGUUUUAUUGAUGGGUACUAGACGAUCUGAUCCUGGUGCGGAACAUUUAAAAUAUUUUAAUCCAGAGUAUGAGCAGAAGCCUGUGGUGCAAUUUUUACCACUUUUAGACUGGUGCUAUUCUGAUGUUUGGAAUUUUAUUCGAAAAUUGCAACUUCCUUAUUGUGUAUUGUAUGAUAGAGGUUAUACAUCCUUGGGACUAAAAGGACAAACUUUUCAAAAUCCAGCACUUUUGGUUUCCAGUGAAACAAAAAUUCCUAUUUACAAGCCUGCUUAUAUGCUAACACAAAACUAAGAAAUCGAUGAUUAUAUUAGCAUUUACUAUUUCUAUAGAACUACUAGUUUUAUAUACAAUUUUUGAGAUUUCCAUAUGAGAUCCUAUGUGAAAAUAGUCACCAAGUUUUGCAUGCCGUUAACUUAAGUAACACAAAAUUAGACUAACCCAAAAGAUAAAUAAUUACAGUUAUUAUGUAUAUACAUUACUUAUACUAUAUUUAUGUAUUUUUUAUUUCAUUGCUAUUUUGACACCUUGGAGUUGCUCUUUGUAUGAUUAGGAUUCAGUACAAAAAAGUUUUUAUCUAAGUUUUUCUUUUUAUAAUAAUUUUAAAAUUCUGAAAAUUUAAUUGCAAAUGAAUUAAAACAAAAAUUAUUAACCCUAAAAAUCUAUACAUGAUUUAUAUGCAAAAAUGAUUUGAAACUUGUUUAAUUUUUACUUUUUUUAACCGUAGCUACCUAUAGCAUAACACUUUUAAGCUGAGAUUAUUCCUUUUAGAAUUUUAGCUUUAAGUUACAACUUCCUUAUUGUGUAUUGUAUAUGAUAAAGGUUAUUGGAACUAAAGGAUAAGCGUUCCAAAAUCCAUCCCUUAACAGUUUCAAGUAAAUCAUUUCCCUCUCCACUUUUAUGGUAACACAAAAUUAAUGAAAAAGAAAAUUUUAAAAACUUUUAUUCUUGUGAAUUUAAUAGUCUUCUACUUCAGGGUGCGUAGCCAAAUUUUUUAGCAAAAAAUAAGCACCUUUUAAGUACUUUUUGAGCACUCAAAAAAUAUUUUUAAGCACUUUAAAAAAAAUAUUACAAUUAGGAUAUGCACACUAAUAAUUUUUUUCCUUCAUAUUGUUGAAAAUUCUUCAUAUCUAUAAACAAAAUGCAAAAUAGUUUUCUAAGUUACAUGAUCAAGAGAAAAUAACUAGAUUCUGAUAAAGAAUUCUUUUCGUGAUUAUAUUAGCCACCAUAUAUACAAUUUCACAAUUUUUAAUGCAUACAAUAUUGAGUGAAUCAUUCAAUUCUUUAAAUUUAUAAUUACUUUACACAAUUAUGUAAUAAAAUUAUUCAAAAUUAUAAGUAAUUAAUUUAUCUAUUAUUUAAAAAGAUAAUCUCUCUUGCUAAAUGCAGCAGAGUUGCUCAUGAUAAUGCAUGAAUCCUUCUGACCGAAUCCAGCUCAGUAUUCGAACCCAAGUAUUUCAUAAAAUGAUUGGCGUUUUCAUGCGCUACAGACCGAUGGUGUGUCAAAAUAAAUUGUAGUUGAAUGAAUUAUAAAAACGUUAAAUAGAACUAUGA